AGUGUAAACAUACAAUUUACUUAACUGAUGCAUUACAAAACGAAAGCGAUUCGCAUUUUUUUAUAAUUAUCUCAAAUUGAGAUUCUAAAAUUCGGCCCGAAUUUCGGAAGCAAUAAAUCUGCACGUAAUAUAAGAUAAAUACAUGAUGAAAGAUAGUUAAAUUUAGUAGCAGCAGUAGCAGCAAAAAUGUAUUAUUACGAUAUUUCAUAUUUUGCUUUGAAACAAAACUACGCGAUGUGCCGCUUUAAGUAGCUGUGUAAAAAGGGUUAUGUCUUUCCAUAUUUUGAGUGCUUGGAUAGUAUCAAAUGGUGUCACUAAAGUGUAUGCAUAAUUAUGUUGACAUUGUUUUAAAAUCUCCUUUCAUGGUUAAGAUAAUAAAAAAUGAAUGGAUUUAAUAGUUUCACAUAUGAAUUGAAAUGUUUAAGGGAAAGAUGUCAGCAGACAGAUGUAUUUGUGACUUUAGGGUAUUCAGAUUAGGGACCACAAUUUCUUCGAUUUUUGUAGUGAUCGUUUUUGGCGUUAAUUUACUUCUAGUUAGUAAAUCGAACUUUGGUACACCUUGCACUACGACGCUUAACAAAACAUUGGAAGAAAACCUUAAGGUCAUACAAAACUACCCAUCAGGAGAUGCAGACAAAUAUCUUAUAGUAAAUGAUGCAAACAACUCUAAACAUCAAAUAAUACGCCAAAUACCCGUUUUUGUAACGGCUUUUGAUUACACACACUACAGAGAAUCCGAAGGUCUUUUCAAAUCUUUACAUGAACGAUUUCUGUCAAAUCAAAAGUAUAGAAACGAUAUGGUCAUCAUUGUUUACGAUCUUGGACUGACUUCAUCUGAAGCGAAAAUGGUACAGAGAAACUGCAAAUGUGAGUUUCGACGGUUUCCUUUUGAAUAUUAUCCGCCGCAUGUUAGAACACUGCGCACUUAUUCCUUCAAACCAAUUAUUGUAAAUCUUCUUUUGAUGGAAUAUGAUUUUGUAUGGUGGGUUGAUACUUCCGUGCGUUUUGUAACAGAUGGUAUAGAGACAGCGAUAGAACAAGCUAUCUUACACCGUAUUCUUUAUAGAGUGUCACCAGACAAGCAAACUACUGGUACUCUAAUAAAAAACACAAUGGAGGCAACAUUUCAGUUUCUAAAAGAGAGCAUCUGCAAUUUUAAACAAUUCAAUGAGGUAUUUGCUACGUCAUUGGUCUUUCAUGCAGAUCGUAUAUCGCUCGCUGCUGUCCAAGCAUGGGUGAAAUGUGCACUAAACGAAGGCUGUAUAGCACCAUAUGGAAGUCAGCUGAAACACAGAUGUGAUUUUUCAAAUGAUUAUGAAGAACGUUGUCACAGAUUUGACCAGUCCGUUAUUGGUAUCAUUAUACGCAGACUUUUCCAAGAACAAAAUGAUAACUUUCUUCAAGGUGAUCUUUAUCAUGUUAAACGAGGUGACUAUGUUUCAUAUUUUAAAUAAAUAUGAUGAUUUGGUAUCUCAUCCUUGAGGCCUAUUAUUAGUUUAUGGUUAUCAUUAUUUUUUUAAAAACCGAGGUUACGUUGUUGGUUAAGUGUAAUUAAGGAACGUGGCCUUCCCUUUAUAUAUUUAUCCUUGUUCUACUUUCCCAUUCAACUUCCCCCACCCCGUUUUACCCUUAACCAGCCCUCCCCGCGCCUCUGUCUAUAUUUUGCAUAUAUUUAUAUGUACUUGCUAGAUUUUUGGAACAACCAGUCUGUAAUAUUUUUCCAUUACAGCUUAUUUUUGUUGCGGGCCUACUUUGCUAAUAUGUGGCUCUGAGGCUGUGUAUUUGGUGUUCUGUGCUUCCGAGAAAUAUACCCUAACCUAUUAUCUUUUGCAUAAAGCUCGAAACGAAAUUUUUGAAGGAGCCUUAGUCCAAUUAAAAUAUCACUCUUUUCAUGAGCUCUCUGUAAGAAACACAGUUAAACAUAAUGUUGCUAUUAUUUUUCCUUGGUAGCGUUCUAUGAUAUCAUAUAUUUACAUUUUUAUCGUUGUAUAGUUAAAACAUUGCGGGCACAACUGACAUCAGUUACAUGUAAAUAAACAGAAAUAUGACGGCUUAAUCAAAUAUAAACAGAUACGGAAUUCAAAUAUUGACAAAACUACAUAAAAAAGUUAAUAAUAUAAUCGUUGUGUCUUUUUAGAAGUGUUCAAACGCAGAAUUUAUAAAAUCUUUCGGUGAGGUUGUUCUAGUAUUAAAUCAUGCUUGAUCGUUUAACAGGUUGAUAAAAACUUAUAAAAAUGUUCUCGAAUAUUCUAAUUUGAUAUAAGGAUAUCAUAUUAAUCUUGUUUAAACACUUUAAUAAUUUUUUCAACACUAUUUACUAUAAGAAAAACAAUAUAUCACUUAGGUCUAUAUAAAUGUAUAGCCAUGUUAUACACUGUUAUCCCAAUUUUGUGACACUUUGCAUCGGGGACAAAGCAUUCAAAAUCACACUGGCGCCAAAUAGUGCGGCGAUGGAGUUUGAGGUACGUAUAUCAUUUGCUGGAUAAUAUUUCGGAAUCAAAAGUAGGUCGACUUUUGUUUAGUAUUUAAGGAUGGUAUAUUCGUUAAAAAGCUUUAUGUUGGUAAAUAUUUUUGUUAGACUGGUUGGUUGCUAAGUCUUUAUUACACAUAUUCAAAAGAAAACUUAAAAUCUAUGUUGACUAAUUAUUCAGACAUGCUUCCAUCUAAAAGAUUAUAAUUUUGAUAAUCAUUAUCAUCAGAAAACAUGAGCUUCAAAGCCCAUGUGCAACCAGAAUAAUAGGCUUUAGGUUAGUUUUCCUUCUUUAAAUAUUGAGUGCCAAGCAAGGGAGUUAACAGUACCCUCUUCACAUUAUUCGUAUUACACAGCAAGGGUAAAAUGUAAACAUCCUGCACUCAUUACUGUUGAGCUUUUGAGGUAAUAUAUCUUGUAACUGUUUAUUUAGUGUUUUACAUUUUCAUGUUAAGACUACAAUCAAAUAUUAUUAAAGCAGGCAACUGCUUCAUACAAAGUGAAAUAAGAACAUAAAGUAAGUGUUGAAAAUUCACUGAUUGGCCACUUAAGACAACUGGCUACUUAAUAGUUCGCCAUUAAGACAGAUUCAUCUGUAGUCAUUCUUAGCUCAUCUGAGCACGAAGUGCUCAAGGUUAGCUAAUGUGACCGGCGUCCGUCGUCGUUUAUCGUGCGUCGUCCGUCGACAUUUGCCUUGUUAGCACUCUUACAGGGCACAGUUGAGACCUUUUUUCUAUGAGACUUGGUCAGAUUGUUUGUGAUAAUAAUUAAUGAAACUUGGUCAGAAUGUUUGUCUUGAUGAUCUCUAGAUCAAGCUAGAAAAUAUGUCAUGUAGGAUCAAUCUUGUUAACACUCUAGAGUCCAUAUUUUUUUUAAUUUUUUUUUUUUUGGAUUUCACGUCGCAUGAUAGGUCAUAUGGCGACUUUCCAGCUUUAAUGGUGGAGGAAGACCCCAGGUGCCCCUUAUUUCAUCACGAGCGGGAACCUGGGUAGAACCACCGACCAUCCGUAAGCCAUCUAGAGUCCAUAGAUUCAGUUUGAAACACACUAAUAUUGGCAGAAUGUUGUCUGGAUGACCUCUAGAUCAUGUUCAAAUUAGGGUCAUGUGGAGUCAAAAAUUAGGUCACCAGGUCCAAUCAA